AUGGACUCGAACUCUGGUUAUCCUUCGGGUAACACAAACGUGAACCAUAAUGAACUUUCUGGACCAAAAUCGAAACACCGACGGACCCGGACAACUUUUACAACUUAUCAACUUUACGAACUCGAAAGAGCAUUUGAAAAGUCGCAAUAUCCUGAUGUUUUUACUCGUGAAGAAUUGGCCUGUAAUGUCAGUCUAUCAGAGGCCAGAGUUCAGAUAUCCUCUCGAAUCGUGUUGGCAGCAGCAGCAGCCACAGCAACACCAACAAUAUCUUCAACUACAACUACAUCGUCAACACCUCAAGCAUCAUCAUUGUUAUUAACUCCGACUAAUAAAACCAAAGUAAUACCACCUUCAAGCUCAUCAUCUUCAGCCUCAUCUUCACCAACAACAACAACAACCUCACAGAUCUCUUCAUCUCCAUCAGCCACUUCAACACCCUCAGUAUUACUAUCAUCACUACCUGGUUUCAAACCGUCUCCUUCAUCAUCUUUACGGAUGAUGAAGGUACUGCAGACACAAAAGGACAGAAAAGGAGGUGUCUUACUUGUGGUCAACGAUAAUGGUCAAGGUGUAGGUGUUGGAGUUGGAGUUGGUUCCGAUGACUAUCCAAUGGUCAUUCUAAGGCUAGUUUAUCUUUUGGAUUAA